AUGGUUACCGUCGAGGAAAUUAGGAGGGCUCAACGGGCCGAAGGACCGGCGACGAUCUUGGCUAUUGGAACCGCUACACCACCAAAUUUUGUUGAGCAAAGCACUUAUCCGGAUUACUAUUUUCGCAUCACUAAGAGUGAGCAUAUGACUGAGCUUAAAGAAAAGUUUAAGCGCAUUUGUGAGAAGACCAUGAUUAGGAAGCGGUACAUGUACCUGACUGAGGAAAUUCUGAGGCAAAAUCCCAAUAUUUGUACUUUUAUGGAACCCUCACUGGAUGCAAGGCAAGACAUGAUGGUUGAUGAAGUACCAAGACUGGGCAAAGUAGCUGCCCAAAAAGCUAUAGAGGAAUGGGGUCAGUCCAAGUCCAAGAUCACCCAUCUUGUCUGCUGUACCCUAAGUGGCGUGGACAUGCCUGGAGCAGACUAUCAGCUGGCCAAGCUACUGGGCCUCCGGCCAUCGGUGAAACGGUACAUGAUGUACCAACAAGGUUGUCAUGCUGGAGGGACGGUUCUCCGGCUAGCCAAGGAUUUGGCCGAGAACAACAAAGGUGCCCGUGUCCUUAUCGUCUGCUCGGAACUCACAGCAAUUUCGUUCAGGGGUCCGAGUGAUAAGCAUUUUGAUAGUCUUGUUGGUCAGGCCCUGUUCGGAGAUGGGGCAGCCGCGGUCAUAAUUGGUGCUGACCCGGUUCCUGGAGUUGAGCAGCCCUUGUUUCAGUUGGUCUCAGCCUCCCAAACUUUUCUCCCUGAUAGCCCCAAUGCUAUUGGUGGCCAUCUUCGUGAGGCUGGGCUUACAUUCUUUCUUCUCAAAGAUGUCCCAGAAUUAAUCUCAGAGAACAUUGAAAAGAUCUUGGAAGAAGCAUUUGAGCCUCUUGGCAUUUCUGAUUGGAACUCAAUUUUCUGGGCUGCGCAUCCUGGUGGGCGUGCGAUUUUGGACAAAGUUGAAGAGAAAUUGGCUUUAAAUCCUGAAAAAUUACGUGUUAGUAGGUAUGUGCUAAGUGAGUACGGAAAUAUGUCAAGCGCUUGUGUCUUCUUUACUCUUGAUGAGAUGAGAAAAUCUGCAGUCAAGGAUGGAUUCAACACCACAGGGGAUGGUUUAGAAUGGGGUGUGCUCUUUGGAUUUGGACCUGGACUCACUAUUGAGACUGUGGUCCUUCACAGCGUCACAAUUUAA